AUGCAGGGAUCGCACCGCUACGAAUACACCCCGAGCUCGUACAGUUCGUUGGCUGGGUCCGGAAUGUGUUAUCCCCCGAGCAGCACACCGGACGUGGACUUCACCGCGUUCAUUCCCCACAGCUACGACCCCGCGCCAAACCCCUUGUACGACGCCAGUCCCAGGGGCCAGAGCCAUGGCUCCGCGUCGGCGCAGGAGUACUUCUACGUGCCUUCGGAGUUCGAUCCGAGUCUCUACGGCAAGCAUCACGCGCCACCGCUAUCAUUCAACGACCUCAGAAAUCACACACCCUCCCAGAUGUCACCCUCGAUCCCCGAGUUCCCCGCCGGCGCCUCCCCUUCCUCCUCUUCCUCCUCCUCCUCCUCUUCCUCUCCAGGAUCCACCAAAAAGUGCGAGCACUGCGGGACGACGCGCACGCCGCUGUGGAGGCGCGAUCCCACGACACAGCUGCCGCUCUGCAACGCCUGCGGGCUGUACAUCCAGCAGCGCCAGAUGCAGCGCCCGCAGGCGCUCAUCGACGCGGAGGCCGCGCCGGCGAGCAGCGCGUCCGGGUCUGGGUCCGGCGGGGGGUCGGGCAUCCUCGAGUGCAGCCACUGCCACACGCACGAGACGAGCGUGUGGCGCAGGAGCAAGGAGGGGAAGCAGGUGUGCAAUGCGUGUGGUGUGUACGAGCGCGCCAAGGGCGUCAAGCGGCCGUUGUCGCUCCGCAGCGAUUUGGUGCGUCCGCGGGGUCGGUAUCCGCAGAAUUGAGAGAGGCGCGCCGUGGAUGUCGCGGGGGUAUAUACACGGAACAAAUAGAGACCCUUGCGGAUGUCAA